AUGUAUGCCAAAUUCGUAAAACCCAGAUUUAACGUUACUGUCGAGGAGAUCCAACGGCUUGCCCAGCAAUUCAUUGCCAAUGGAAAAUCCACGGACAAGGCGAUCGUCUCGAUACCAAGAGAGAAGAGAACAUUUCAGAACGUGAUUAAGCCGCUUUUAGUCUACGACCACGGAAGUCAGGGAGCGAAUGGUACGAUUGGUACUCUUAUCAAUGUAUCGCCCGUGAAGGAAGUGCGUGACGCAGCGAAUGAAGCUUCUGUGGCUAUGAGUCAGUACUCAAUGUCUCGACUGGUCCAAAACGACCUGUAUACCGCGUUGAACGAGUUCAACGAGGAUCGAAAGAAGCGCAAUGAAAAGUACGAUCCCGAUAUUGAGAAGUACAUUCAGGACAAUCUGACUAGCAUGAAGUAG